UUCUCCGCCUCCGCGUUUUAGUCGACGAUAGCGUGGCAGUCCCCUGACCCCAUGACAUGGUCUUCUGCGCCACCCAUGGGCGGGAUGCUUAAGUAUGCGUCGAGAAGCGCGUGUUGGAUGCGGUUGGCAGAACCUUGGAAUUGCUUGUUUUUGAAGGUACCAGAGGUUAAAUAAAGGACAAAGCACAACGACCUAUAUCGAAAUUUCUAUCCCAAUCAUGUCUUUCAACACCGGCGCCCAAUUCAACCCGCCCCCCAUGACGCGCCCACAGCAAGAACCCCCCAAUGCAGACCACCCAGGUGCUGAAGAACACGCAGCCCCGCCCUACACCACCGCCCCUCCCCCCGCGUAUCCCCUCGCGCGCAUAAACUCCUUCCUCGCGCACGGCGGCCCCCUCGACGAAACAAUCUCUGUCCCUAUGAUCCUGUCCCGCGAAAAGCAGCGAAAGCGCGACAUGUUCCACCCGUUCGGCGGGUUUGGCGGGGGCCGCGGAGUGGUCACGCAGACGGUGAUUGUGCGCAAGAUGACGCGGAGCCAUUACCUGGAGCACUAUGCGAAGGAUAGCGAGGGGAAUUAUGUGGGGACGGGGAAGAGGGCUGUGGAUGCUGGGCUGGUGUUUGUGCCGGGGAAGAGUACGCCCGAGGAUCUGCUUAAGCAGGUUGAGGAGGUGGCGUUUGGGAAGCAGCAUGAUGGGAGGGAUUUUGCUCAUUCGUGGGGCGUUUCGGGACCGACUGGGGGCGCGUAUGCUGGUGCUAGUUUCUGAUGGCUUGGACAUUGUGUUUUCGUCAUGUUCGUCUCGUUUUGUGCUUGUUGCUUUUGCGUUGCGAUUUCUGGCACUGCCCCCAUACCCCCAAUCCUCCCUCUUACAUACCUAAUCGUCCGGUCUUGUUGCGCGUCUUGACUUUAUAUGUCGCUAUGAUUGAUGCGUAGAGACUGUUUA